CGGUGACCGGAGCUAAGGCUGUCAUGGAAGCGAGAAAAUUUAGGCAAACCCUAUGACAGUUUUAUUAUAGGCGAACACCACGGACAGUACAUGUAUCGAAGAAGCCACACACCGAUUGUGAAUACCAUAUCUAGUCCGCAGAAGGGGACUUGCUGCGGGAGUCAUGCUAUUAUUGUUCGUUGUCUUUUUCUUGGAGUCUGUUCAUGGUACCGAGAAUGUGUUCGUGCAAAACUUCACGAGUCUUGAGGGGGUGAUUGCGACCAACUCUUCGGCCCACGAGCGCCUGGGCCACACGCGCUGCGAAUUCCUGCUGCAGACGCCGCGCGCCGAUCCGGCCAGCGCGUACGACGUGCUGCUCAACUUCACACAGAUGGAGGGGUUCUACCCCCACACCGACCACGGCGAGUUGUUACUGUGCAGUGCCCAGGUGGAGCUGUGGACGGUCAGCCGCGCCGUGCAGUCACUGUCCUCCGUCAUAGCACGUCUAUGUCCCGAUCACACGAACUACACCGGCGACUUCAAGAUGGCCCACGUCUUUCAUGUGUACAAGUGUAGUGCGGUGCGCGUCGUGUACUCGUGGCUACCCGGUGCUCAGCAGCCAAGCGGAUUCGUGCUGCACUACAGGUUUCACCGUCUGCAAGAUCCGCAUGAAGUGUUAUAUGGUAAAGGCUCAGAUUCUGUAGAUCAGCAGUCGGGUGAUGUGUCGGACUGCAGCAGCAAAGCCCAUUCUACGUCUAGAGAAGCUGCCGUUAGCAGUGGUGCUGUGCAUGUGUCCAGAGAGCUGCAGCUGGUCAGCAUUGUGAUAACGGUCGUGCUGGCGAUUGCGUUUAUAACGUGUGUCGUGAGCUGCUACCGGUCUCGCCCGCGCUCGUGGAGCGACGACAGACAACUCCCGAGCAGGACACGGGCCCACGAUGCAGCGCCAUCUACGUCAAGUGUUAUCUAUGACCCGGCAGAGGCAUUGGCUGGGGAACACGCUCUGGCAGCCCCUCAGCACACGCCACCUAGCCGCAUGGAAAUGCAGUACCCAGCAUCCAUACAGCUGCCGGAUGGCGAGGAGCGACCCUAUGGUAACUGCACCUAUUGGCAGCUUCACAGCGCCGAACAGCAGAGCGAGAUACUUAGGCAGUGUAUUCGACCUCCCCCAAACAGGACUAUACACGAUAUCAAGGUCUUGCCGCCGCAUCGGCCUCAUUCGUUAUUGCUGCUGCCCAGCCACCAGCAAAACAAUUCUCCACAACUAGACAAGAAGGGAGACAAGACCCCUCUAGUCACGGCGCAGCAUCACAAGGACGAGGAGGCUACGGCACAGUUUCGCGGCGUGAGGAGGCACGCUCCACUGGCCUACUUAGAAGCCCCACCACCCAGCUACGUUAGAGUAGUUGCCGCAUCCACCACUAGUGAAUCAACAAGGCACCCGCCACCAGAUGUCUGACACCGGCCGGCCCGGCGCAUGCUGUGCAUUCGCGUUUAUUUAGUCUUUCACUGUGGAUCAAGGUUGUAGGAAGUCGAGCGCGCACGUUGCUACGGCAGACGCGACCGCAAGAGUGACCGCCGGUCGUCGUGGCGACCGGAUCCGUGUGAGAUCGUCGCGGCGAUCGGAUCUGUGUGAGAUCGUCGCGGAGCCUGCAAUGCCACUGCUUGCGUAUCUGUGAUCAUUUGACAGCUGCUGUGGGCGUGGCGAGGCCCGCUCAUCCCAGUGUUGGUGUUGUCGCUUUGUUGCUUCAUUGCGUUGUGUGGCAUCAGUGCUGUCCAGACUACAGUGAGAGGAGUACAGUGUGAGGCGAUGGUCAGAUGUUGGAACGUCCAGGAGUGUUUGUUCUGCCACUGUGCGAGGUCGUCUCAGCUGGCGAUACACGCGUGGAGAAACCAUGGUGCCACAGUACAGAUAUGUACAAGAGCUGUGAUAUUAAUAAUUAUUAUAUAACAUUAUUGUUUAUUGUCUUCUAUGUGUUCACAUGCUCGCAGAGUGUGAUGCGGCAUGCUUAGGACUAAAAUAAAUUCACAAGCCACUGUCAGCUGAUAGCGAGAAAAGUACUGUGAUUACCGAAACUCUACACACACACACCUAUGCCAGACCUGAACACUCACAUACACUUGCUUGCACGCACGCACGUCCGCACACAAAUGUCUACGUGCACAUGUCACUGUGCGCGCGCGUAUAUUCAGACAUACCCAUGCAAACACAUGAAAGUUUGCCGACAGAUAAUUUGCCCUGGUAUAAUACUGGGAAUCGCCCUGAUACAUGUGACGCAGCAUAUAGAAGAGGAGAGAUGUCUUACGUACCCCCAUAUUUCCACGAUCUCCCGCUACUCCUCGUAUAACCACUGCUCCGCUGUGCAGGACAGAUCUUGGUGUGCUGGGGACCACUCGGGGGCCCAAUGUACUGCUCGUGUUCAGGUAUGGCUGCACGUUUUGCCAUGCCGCUGGGUCUGCUGCUGUCCGGCAUCGGUGCUACUCUGUCGCCCUACACGCACGUACAUACGCACACACACCACGCACGCAUGCCCACCAAGCAUGCACGCACACACAAACACGAACGCACACACAAGCACGUACACCGUGAUGGUGCUUGGUCUGUGAAGUAAUGCCACGGCUCUAGUGGCUGAGACGUAUUGCCCCUGCCGAUCAGGUACUAAGAUAUCAUCUCUUGGUUGUCCCAAUACUCCAUAGUGCACUCCAUUUAGGCGAAGCAGCGCAUGGAAACACAAGGGGCGCCCGUAUCACAACCCUCCCAUUUGCUAUAUUUGCCACCAGCCUGACUAUUUGUGAGCUAUGUCCCCGAUUACGUGGCUCUAUGUUAUUGCGUCUACCACUACUCGGACGUUACACGUGUUUAAUUUGUCUGCGUGUGCGCGUGUGCGUGUGCGUGUGCGUGUGUGACAUCCUCUAUGUUAAUCUCUUUAUGCACCGAAUGGGCGUAGUCAAGCUGUUGGGCGGUGUCAUACCGCGCUGUUGCCCUGCCGAUCGGCUUGUUACGCUUCUGCUCAGGUUGCAGCGAUUACCACUAUGUAGGUAAUGUACGAUAACAGUAUACUCACACGGCGUAGGACGAGCAUCAUAGAGCUUCUCGUACGUUUCAGUCGAGGGAAGCUGCUCGCUUCCAUGCACGUACGAGCUAUCUACGGCACCCUGACGCUCAUGCUUUGACCAUGGGCAAUGAUUACGCUCUCCUCUACUUGCCUGCUGUUGGGUAGGGGUGGGACGAUAAAUCUAUAUGUCGAUGUAGCGCGAUACAAGCCCUUAUACGCUUAUCGAUACGUUUGACUAUCUACGAUACGCGUAUCGAUACUCUACUGCAUAAAAUCCAUGUCAUUUAGUACUGUAGCGUAGUUUCAUCGAAAUACAAAAGAAACACGACACAAUUCGUUAAAUUAAGCGUUCACGUGAUUGGUUGAGUCCUGGUUGAGUGUAUUCUUGUGGCCAGUCAAACGAUUUUUACUAUCAUGUAAACUCUGAGAGAUGCAUAAUACGAAAAGACGUUUGAUUUGUCAUCGUCCUAUAAUUUAGCCAACCAAGCGAUUUUUUUUCAAGUUGAGUAAGGUGAAUGACACAGAAAAUUUUUACCAAGAUUGGUUGGUAUUUUUUAUAUGAUCUAUAUAAAAAUGAAGGCGUUGGAAGAAUUGACAAAACAAAAAACGGUUUGCAAAUUUGUGCUGAAUUGAGCAGAGCUCGGUAGUGUCUCUUUAAGGUAUCGCAAUACGUAUCGUAUCAUGAAUGGUGUAUCGUGAGCGGCCAGUAUCGUCCCACCUCUACUGGUUGGGGAGAACUGGUAGGCACAGCGCCUACACGUCUAUAUCUUCUAUGUGUAUUAUUUAUUUUAAAUUCUUCGAUCGCCACCAAGAGUGGGCGUGCUAUUCUAAGGUGCCCCGGAAGUUGUGAGUCGGGUGGCGUUUGCCUAGUUAUACCGGCGUGUCGAGCUGUUCUGCCCUCCCUGUCCGUUCGUAGGGGUUUACGUGGGGCACGCGAAGCCAUUGUAAUGGCAUUUACGAAAGUAUAGCAAACAGACGGACGCUGUGAACGUGCACAGCGAUCGAGAGCUGUGCGUGAUCUAGCCAGGAUCGUCUACACGGCUCGUUGUCCCUCCCAUCAGUGGCUUCACAAAUGAAAUCUGUUCGAAGUGUGGAACACUGUAGCAGCGAGGCGUUAAAUGUCACCGUCGCUUGGUCGGUCGUGUCGACGGACGUGCGAUAGCAACUGGACGUCGUCGGCGGGACAGCAGAGGGGUCACUCUGCAGCUUCUGUGUGGCCAAAACUCACUUGGCUUCAGCGGCGUUCCAGCUGCUGCAACUCGGCUGUUGAUGAGAACGUCUUUCGAUAAGCGCUCCAUCUCUGUAUGCGCUCUACAUCGUUGUUCCGAGUGCUUUCAGUGAUUACAUGCAACGACUGCCAGCCAGGUUAACGCAUUUGUCGUCUGUCGAAUGAUUCCGUACGUGAUAUUUACGCCAGCGUAACCUGGAGCAUCACUUUGAUUUUUUUCACGUCUAUCCAUAAAAUAUAAUUCGUGCGAGAACCUGGCUUUUGAGUGUUGGGACUUAGUUUCAGCCGUGAGUAACGUUGUGGCAGAUCUGCCACACGUGAAUGAAACAUCACGAGGUUCUGCUUAUAACAUCAGACUUAUAGAUAUCUGGCAAGGAUACGCCAUGGUAAAGAAACGAAACGUGUUUCGGUGUGACGCACUGAAAGCGAUCUAACGUCUUCGAUUUUUUCUCGAUGCAUUUCACGACAAAACGUCUCCCUGAUGUCGCCAUUCUGGAUCGAGCUAGAUCGAGUCAUAGCAUCCGGUUUGGUUGUUGCUUGCAUGCUGCUGUGCCGUUGGCUUCGUUUCUGGUGGCAACCGGAUGAAGUCACACGCAGUGAAACGCCACAUAGUCGGUCACUACCAUGUGCGCAACGCCAACGUGUUUCUCACGACAGCGCCUUCUCAUCUGGCACCUGUCGGCGUUUUCGUCGUUGAGUUUAAUGUGUUGAAGGGCCAGUCCAGACCCUGUAGCAUGGUAGUUCGAUAGGUGUCGACGUGAAGGUGCGUCGCAACCGACGCUCAACUCUCAUCAGACCGACGACGUCUCAAGCGGAAGCGCGUGCUGGUUUACACACAAAGCCCAAGUGUUCAUCUGCGCAUCCCUGCGAUUAGUAGCACCCCGUUCUCCCAUCUGCUAACCAGGAGGCGCGCGUGUAGUUGGUGCACGUCGAUUCAGCUCAAGUGGUGAUCAUGAGGCUAGGCGCUGAGUCCUGGAACGCUACCUCCGUUUUUUGGAGAUAGUUGGACUGACUGCGCUGCAACGCGCUCAUCGUUCAUCUUCCGUAUAUUUGUGGUUUUGGGUUUGCAAUGCCAUAGGUGUGUGGUGGGGGUAAAGUGUGAAUGUAUGUCCACGACCAAGACAUUGAAGAGAGGCGGUACUACUAUAAUCGCUAUAACCCAUAGACGUGAUUUCGGUCUGUUAGUGUCAUCCAGUCGCACGAGCACACGAGCGUCCCAUGUCCAGUCCGCAUUACACACACUCUCUCUCUCUUCGCCUCUCUCUCUUUCUUUUUUCUCUCUCUUUCUCUCUCUCUCCCUCCCAUCAUAGUAAAAGAGUUCAUACCAUUGGAUACAAAUUGACAAUGGCGGCGUGCUGCACUGUCGUCUGUGACGUUUUUUGACUCGUGAAUCUCAACCGAAAAAUCAUUUACACCUUGGUUGACAGUCCGUUUCAGACAACCCUGUUGCGACGAUAUGCACGCGCGUACAACAUGUGUUGAAUGUGUCGCCGCGGUUGUUCGCGUAGGUCGUGUAUGUCCGCGCAGGUCGUGUAUGUCCGCGUAGGUCGUGUAUGUCCGCGCAGGUCAUUGGCGUGUUUACUCGAGGCCGGUGAGGUCUGCUGAAUAAUCAUGUAACGUGUAGUAUGCCUGAAUCAUGAUGGCGAUGACUUUACGCUUUAAUUUUCGCGUAGACGGGGCACCUGUGCGGCCGAUUAGCCGUGGCUGUGACAGUUGUCGAAAUGUAUUAGUUCUGAAAUUUUGCAUUUUGCAGGUGUGCUAGCUUUUCGUAUGUGAAGUGCCGGGAGCACGUUAUUUUACAGUGGCUUGUGAUGCCUGCGCUGUGAGUCACGUCGGGUUGAAAACAACGGGGUGCGCUAGAGGUGAGAUGAAAGCACAGCGGCGAAGCACCGAGGCCUUCUGCGUCGUACAGGGUAUAGAUGACCAGGGUAAUAUUUUCGCCUAUCUUUUCUUUUGCUAUUCAAAGCUACGCUAGUAGAUUUCCCGAUUCCGCAGAGCAAAUGCGUAUUGAAUGCGAACGCGUGCGGCAGCGUGCCGUGUCGUUAGCAUGGAUCCGAGGUGAGCACGGGCUGGCGUCGGCACCAUGUCUUCACACUCACAAGCUUGCAACGCCGACAACACGUAUAUAUAUAAGGGUAACAUUCUAUCGUUCUCAGCAUUAGGUGUGCCCGCUGUGCUUUCUAUCGCAGUUCUUCAUCCCGGUGGCUAUGCGAAGGUGUUUGUACCUUUUACGUAAAGAUGAAACGGAAGUGGUGUUGCUGUUAUAUUUGCGUUUUUUUUUCCAAAUAAAGGAUUGCCGGCGAUUUCCACACUUUAGCUUUUAA